CUUGUGGCACGGGAAUGUGGGAUAGAAGAGUGCAGUCGAUCUCCGGUCGUGGCGCGGACGCGUUCUCUCGCCGCACAAAUCAAUCAAUGACUGGAAAGCCGCACGCGCACCGCUCGACGCGCGCUCUUACAAAAUGAUUACAGCACUCCUUUUUGCUAUUUUAGUGACAUUUCUGACAGGAUACAUACUUCAAACAAUUACUAAACCUAAGAAAUAUCCACCAGGUCCAAAAUGGCUACCGUUUGUUGGAUGCAGCAACUUAGUACAAAAAAUGAGCAAACUACAUGGUUCGCAGUGGAAAGCGCUCUCACAAAUAGCCAAAGAAUAUUCGACCAAGGUGCUUGGUCUGAAGUUAGGAAGUGAAUUAGUUGUAGUCGUGUAUGGAGACCGAAAUAUACGCCAAGUACUUGUAGAACCGGAAUUUGAAGGCAGACCAAACAGUUUUUUUAUCAAAUUACGAUGUUUCGGAAAAAGGAUGGGAAUAACAUCAGCAGAUGGCCCCUUAUGGCGAGAACACAGAAAAUUUGCAGUCAAACAUCUCAAAAAUGUUGGCUUUGGCAAGGCAUCCAUGGAACAAGAGAUACAGGAAGAAAUGGCUAGAUUAGUUGAUUACAUACGAAAUAAUAAUUCUAAACCAAUAAGUCCAAAGAGUAUUUUUGCUACAGCCGUUAUGAAUGUUCUGUGGAAAUAUGUGGCAGGAGAAUCCAUUGAAGAAGAUCGUCUCAAGUUGCUACUAGAACUGCUUAGUGCCCGAUCUAAGGCGUUCUCCAUGGCAGGAGGGUGGCUCAAUCAGUUCCCUUGGUGCAGAUUCUUCUUCCCUGAAGCAAGUGGAUAUUCGCUUAUAAAUAGAAUUAAUUUACAAAUUUCCGCUAUUAUUGAGGAAGCAAUACAAAAACAUAAAAAUAAUGCAGCGAAUAGUGGUGAUGAUUUUAUUUAUUCGUUCCUAAAUCAAAUGAAGGUGGAAAAAGGCACAUUUACGGAACUACAGUUAAAAGUGGUAUGCCUAGAUAUGUUCAUCGCCGGGUCACAAACUACAAGUAACUUGCUGGAAUUCAUUCUUCUUACGGUUCUAAGGAACCAGCAUAUACAGGACAAAAUUUAUGAUGAAAUACAACGUGUCAUAGGAAAAAACGUGCCUAGUUGGACUGAUAGUCACAAGCUUAUUUACACAUCGGCUUUCCUGCUGGAAGUUCAAAGGUGUUAUGCAAUAGUGCCUCUGAUGGGCCCUAGAAGGGUUCUAAGUGACAGCAUUGUAGAUGGCUAUAUGAUACCGAAGGACACCACUGUAUUGAUAUCAGUCGGCGACCUCUAUUUGGAUCCGGACGUUUUCGAAGACCCUCAUGAAUUUAAGCCUGAGAGAUUUAUCGAUGAGUACGGCGCGUUAAAAAAUGCCGAGCAUGUCUACACCUUCGGCUUAGGUCGAAGAAGGUGCCCCGGCGACGCUUUAGCUCGAUCGUUCGUCUUCUUAACAUUCGUGGGGAUUUUGCAGAAGUUUAAGAUCCAGGGCGUCAACGGUGUUCCCAGUGACGAGCCAGUUAUAGGCCUAAUAGCUGCCCCGAGACCGUACUCCGCGAUAUUUGUGUCACGGCAAUGAGAUGUUAAAGUUAAGCAAUCAUAUUAACGACAUAAGCGACUUUAAUGACCUCUAACACUAUAAAGAUAGACGGUAAAUUGAGCUAAGCAUUUUUUUCUCGAUCUAUUUAAGUAUGGCACGUUCUGCGAAGUGGGACCACCUCAAUUUACUUUAUUUUUCAAAAACUGAUGUGAACGUUGCAUUUUAUCUACAAGUUUGGCAAAUUAAUUGAUGCGAAUUUUUAAGUAGUUACCUCAUGUUGGCUUUUAAAUUUGACUUUACAGUGAUGAUUUUGAAUGAUAAGUAUUUAAUGACGUUCAUUGUGAUUUGAUUUGUAAUCUUUUACGGUUACUAUACUCGUUUCAAUCUUGGAAUCUUUCGCUUGCUCGGGUAUCAAUAUACACGAGGGGUUAAACAACAACGUCGCCUCCUUGUAAAACAAGUAAGUAACUAUUUUUGGCAGUAACUUCAUACUAGUACGUAGAGUCGGACCACGCUAAGUUUUCCAACCAAGUGCUAAGACAAGUUUGGAGCUUAUAGGGAUAGGUAUGUAUAUAUGCACGUGCAGAGUUUAGGAGGUAUAUAAUAUUUAUAAUAUAAAGAAAAAACCCGAGUGCCAAGUUUUCAGACACAUUUUUGUACUUACUACGUGUCAUUGAUAUAUU